AUGAGCGGGCGGGACCGGGGCCCCGUGUUCCUGGGGCCCCCCGUCGCGGGGGCCCCCCUGGGGGGCCCCCCGGAGGGCCCCCCGGGGGGCCCCUCGGGGGGGGCCCCCAGGGGGCCCCCGAGGGGCUCCCGCAGCAGAUCUUCUUCUAUGGUGGCCCCUUCUCAUGUGCCUUCUCCCACUCCAAGGAGACAGUCUCCUGUGUCAGAGAGCUGCAGCAGCAAUGUGGGCAAAGACAGCAGCAGCAACAAAAUUGAAUUAGCAGCAGCAGCAGCAGCAGCAAGUGGGGAUAGAGGGGUAGCAGCAGCAGCUGAGGCUAGAGAUAGAGCAGCAGCAUUUAUUGCUUCAUCGGCAGAGAUAGCAGAGGGGCCACAGGAGCAAGAGCUGAGAUAUAAAAUAAAAUGA